CGGUGUAACAGCUAGGUUUCUCCAGCAAGCUUAGUGCGCAUCCAUCUUUCCUUUGAGUGAAAAGGGAAACAGCAUAGUGACCCUAAAGGAAACUGAGUGGAUUGGCUGUGGUGGAAGUAGUGGAUGUUUAUAUCGACUAGCGGAGGAACCGGGCAUCGUGUUCCGUGGGUGCCUUUGCCAGCUUUUACGGCCCUUCUCGGCCCCCGUAGCGGACCGGAGCUCAGCCGCUGGGCGGCAGGCCCUCCCUAGCCAUGGCGGGCGAGCUGGAGAGCUGCAAGUCCCUGAGCGGGCUGCUGAGCGGCCUGGCACAGAACACUUUUCACGGACACUCGGGUAUCACUGAGGAGCUGCUGCACAGCCAACUCUACCCGGAAGUGCCACUGGAGGAAUUCCGCCCCUUCCUGGCGAAGAUGAGGGGAAUUCUCAAGUCUAUUGCAUCUGCAGACAUGGAUUUCAACCAGUUAGAGGCAUUCCUGACCGCUCAAACCAAGAAGCAAGGCGGCAUCACCAGUGAACAAGCUGCAGUCAUCUCCAAGUUUUGGAAGAGCCAUAAGACAAAAAUCCGAGAGAGCCUCAUGAGCCAGAGCCGCUGGGACAACGGGCUUCGGGGCCUGCGCUGGAGAGUGGACGGCAAGUCCCAGUCACGGCACUCAACUCAAAUACACAGCCCUGUUGCCAUAAUAGAGCUGGAAUUUGGGAGAAGUGGACGGUCUCGUGGGUAAAGCUGUGACAGAGUAACUGAAGGCAGCAGUUAUCUCCCUGACCCAGAACAACUGAGGAGAAAUGGUAGCUGUAACUAAACAACUUGGUAGCGAUUUGGAUUCUGCUGUGCUCUCUAAUUACUAAAGUCGAUUUAGAAGCUGCAAAGAAGAUAGAGAAAAGGAGAGACACAGGAAGAGGAAGCAGCUAACUGCAGUAUAAGGAGGCGGAUGCCUGCCACCCACGGGAGAGCUACAGAGUUUCCCACUCACUGUGGCUGAGUAUAGGUGACGAAACUGACAUCACUUUGGUUUAAUUUGAAUUGACUUGAGGGUGCUUGUCCUUACUUCUUUUGAAAGAUAAAAUUGGAGAGAACACA